CCGACUUGACUGCAGGAAGAAGGUGUCCAUGAUGACAACUUUAAACUACCAGUAGUAGCCCGGAGGUCGACGCUACCUGCCGGAUUUAUUCAGCAGAAAUGUUCCUGUGUCGUCGCCGCGUCGAGUUUCGUCUUCGUCUGGGAGUAGCGUAGCGGGCUAACGUCAGCUAGCUGCACGGCUAGCAUGAACCCGGGCCGCCGCUGCUUUUGUUUACAGCCAGUCCUGGUGACGGGCCUGGAGAGGCGUGUUAGCUAACCCGCUACCCCAGCUGCUCCACGGAGGGUGUCACCGUCAGCCCGCACCUCCACCACCGGGAAGGUCCGUCCGAAGCGCCGCCACCUGAGGGUGAUGGAAGUGUCCUCUCAGGAUCCACCCCUCAUGGCUAUGGACCUGUCAAAGAGCUACCACCCCCGGACCCGCAGCCACACCGAGGCGAUGGAUCUGGCCAAGAAGCCUGAGUGGUACCACAGACGCCCACCGAGCUGCAGCACAGACAUCGCCUCCUCGUAUAGAUCCAGAGCCUCGUCCUCCUACAACACUCUCUCCACUCAGCCGGGCGCUCCGGUCCACUGCAGGGACAUGGAUCAGGGCCCCGAGUCUCUGGGGAACUACAUGAAUUCAACACUAGCUCCUGGACUGGAUCUGUACCGCGACGGAGUUCACGGCAACCUUUGGCAUCCGGGUUUCUACGGGCCCGACCAAAGUGGGGGCCCUGGUCCUGAAAGCAGCGGUGGAGAGGAGAGCGACAGUGGCUCCGACGUCAUUUUCCUCGUUUCCUCGGCGAAGGAGCCGCUCUUGUGCGGUUCUUUCAUCCAGGACAACGUGAGGCAUAUCGUGGAGCCUCUGUCCCCUGCCGUGUCCUCGCUGGACGAAGGCAGAGGUUGCUAUCACCUACCUCAACCGCUGAGCUCGCCCAGUCCUGACAGCUCUUACUCAGAAGACUCUUCGGACAGCUCAGUGGACAUUCCUGUUCACCACGCCAGGCCUGUAGUGCUCCUGUCGGACCUCAGUGCUGUUUAUGGCAACCCUGCUGAAUCUGCGGUGGAUAUUUCAAGCGAUGACAGCGACGUUAUUGAAGUUUCAGUGAGCAAUGAGAACAAGAAAAGCCACCGGUGUAAGAAAACUCCACCUCAGAGCGAGAGUGAAAAAGCUCCAAACGGCAAAGUACGGCGCAGCAGCAGAAUCAGAAAAUCUGUGUCCGACGUGCCUCAGUUCUCCUGCGGCGUGUCUCGGCAUAGUUUGAGGAGACAAGUCAAAAACGAUGCUGUGGGUAUAUAUAACGAAAGCUGUGACUCUGAUGACUUUAUGGAGUACGCACUGAGGUUGUCCAGCUCAGACGAGUCGGUCUCACGACCGAAUCUGUCGCAAAGAGCGAGCAGCAAUUCAGAGGAGUCUGAUGUGGACAUCCGGACCGACAGCAAAUCGCCACAGAGGGAGCAGCAGCUGAGCAGCAAAGCUUCGUAUACGAAAAGUGUUAAUCGCAAACGAAAGAAGCCCCUGACUGUCCCUAAAACUAAAAAGCUAAGAAGAACCAAGCAGACACAGAACAGCAGAACCCCGCCGCCGCCACCACCACCACAGAAGGCCUCGGCCUGCAGGAGCUCAGCGACUAACAAAAAGACUGCUGUAAGACGAAAGAGAAAAAGGCAUCCUCCGACUGGACCUUCAGCUCUGUUUUCUCCCAGAGAACCGGAGAUCAAGCUCAAAUAUCUAAAUACUAAAGAGGACAAAAAGGACAAGAAAUCAGACAGUUUCUGCCCGUUUGUGCACAUGGAGAAGAAGAUAUGUACGGUGGUUAACUACCAGGAGGAGGAAGCGACGGUCCGGAGCAGCAGAGGAGGACAGCAGCAGGCAACUGCCAGGUCUCUGUCUGGGUUUGUUCCCAACACGUCCUGCUUCCAGCUGGGCCGGCUCAGCUCGGACAGCAGGUGUCAGGCUGCGCAGCUUUGCUGCCUGUGCGGCCAGACGGCGAACGCUAUGGGCCUUGGGGACCUCCACGGCCCGUACUACCCCACCGGCGCAUCUGUGGAUGGUCAGAACUGCAGGACUGAGCAGAAGGAGGAUGUAAAUGGACUCUCUAACAGCCAUUCAGUAAACUCCUCAGAAGACGACUGUGCUGCCGUUAAAAGCCACUCUCCCCCAAAGGUGCCUCUUCAUCUGGAUGAGUGCUGGAUCCAUGAGGACUGCGGCAUCUGGUCCGCUGGUGUCUUCCUGGUCAGAGGAAAGCUGUAUGGGUUGAAGGAGGCAGCCCGACUCGCACAGGAAGCAAUUUGUUCAUCCUGCCAUCAAACAGGCGCAAUAAUGGGCUGUUUCCAGAAGGGCUGCCCCAGGAAUUAUCACUACAAAUGUGCCAUUCAGUCAGGCUGUGUUCUGAACGAAGAGAACUUCUCAAUGAGAUGUCCAGAGCACAAGCAGAACAAACCGUUCACAAGUGCAACCAGACGACACAAGAGAUGACACAGAAGACACAUGGGGGCACAGGAGAAAGAUCCUCAGAUCUCCUCAGGGUGCGACUGGAGCUGCCUGACUUCACCUCAGCUGUUUUGUAACACUAAUUAAUGUGUGUGCUCGAGCAGAAGGCAAACCUUCUGGUAAGAUUUCGCUCGUCAUGACAGACAGAUCCAACCAGGGGCCACUUUAAGUUAUUUUUAUAAACACAUAGAUAUAAGAAAUGUCUUUUGUUUUGUUCUGUCCUUCUGUAGGUCUUUAACACAGGCAGUUUCACCAAUUGGACUGAGCCGCGAUGGUGAUUGUGUGUUUUUAUUCCACUUCUUGAAGACCCACACUUGGACUAGCCGCGUCGCAAAGACCGUUUAUUAUUUAAGCAUAGUUACUAUAUUAGAGUUUAACUGAUCUUUAUCGAUCUGUUCUAUAGGACAUAAAACCUUUAUAUGAGGCCACUUUUUUGCUACACUUUUUGUACUACUUUUCUAUUCCUGUUCGGGCUUCAGUCACCACAUAAUUUAUGUUCCUCAAGUUGCAUGCACAGUUGUUAUGAUGCACUUUACGGUAUAAUUUUAUUGUCUUAGCUGUUAUUUAUCUCUUUCUGUUCUUCCUUUUUUCAACUAAAAUUAUUUAAAUUUAAUAUAAAGCUGCACUAAGCUAAGACUUACAUAAAAACAUGUUGACUUUCAGUCUAAAUCUCAGAGAACAUCCCAUCCUCGCUAACGGAGACCACAGACUGCACAUCCACCAUAUUCAAGCGUAUUACUUUUCAUCACUGGUGUCGGGUUUGAGCUUUUCUCUGCUUUCAGGAUGUGGAAACUAAACGUCCCAAAAAAGAGCAGCAGCGAAAAGAACUUCAGUGAUUAGUGGUAAUGUUACUUUAUAAAGAGAUGUCAGAAAAUGUGAACAUAAAGGGUCACUUCAACCAAAUCACAAAGCAGUCACUCCACUACAGUAGUUUUAGAGGUAAGCUGAACUCACCAUUAGCAGCUGCUGUUUGUAAUGUGCUUAAAUAUGGAGUAAAUAAACUGUCACUGGGUCACUUUGACGCUGAGGAAAAGGUAAAAACAGGAUGAUUCUCAGGAAACUUCAGGAGUUGUAAGUGUUUCUUUAAUGAUUUCCAGCCACGGACACACCAGAUAAUGAGAUCCUUCGAAACUUCAAGCAGUUUCUGGGCUUUUUUUUUGUUUUUUUUGUGGGUAGUAGUUACAAUGCCAUACAUGAACAAAAACUAAUAAAAUGAAAAUAGCAGCUUUUUUGCUGAAGCUCUGAACAUUUUUCCAAAUGCCCACAGACGUUACUAAUACUAGACCAAAAAAGUAGAGUGUUUACAUGCGAUACAUGUUUCACUACUUAUAUUUUUAAUCUGCCUCCAUUCUUCGUCUCUGCUCUGCUCUGUGGAAACACAACCUGCAGUUCGGUCGAAAAGUCCCAAAAUUUUUGUCUCGUGACUGCUGGUCAGAGAUGAGUCACUCAUGGCUUCCUGGUUGUGCCGAGGAGCUCAAAAUUUUAAUUUUUUUACAGAAUUUCGGUCAAGCACAGGGAUUAUUUUUAAAUGUAAAGUGAUUAGAAUGAAUUAUCGCAACUUUUCAGCUGAGAUUUAAUUGUUUUUCCCAACAGAACUGCACAUCACAAGCGUGUAGUCAACGGAUUGUUGGAGUAUUACAAGUUCUUACCGUUUUUAAAAUUUUUUUUAAAGCUGUCGUGCCUCUCAAACCCGCCAGCGACUUUUGGGGUUCAGAGGCUUAAUGGGAAUUAAACCAGUCUGGAGUAAACCUGAAUUAUCCUGUAAGUGACACCGAGUCUUAAUGUAUGAGUCUGCGGGUUCAGAUUUGACCUGGAAAAGGAGUGUGAUUUUAGGUGGAAAUUGCAGAAGCAAGUCGCUAAAGGUUUUUAAAGACCUAAACUGGCUCCAUGAGUUGAUGGUGUUGCUAAGCAGCCAACGUACUAUACUCGACAGCAUGCUGUUUUUAAACGCUAAACUCAGAUCUGAAUGUGAACUGUUCUCUCUCUGAUCCUCUGCUACCAGAUUUUAAAAUUCUCUGCUUCUUUGCUUUUUGAUUCUGCAAAAUCAAACUUGGAUUAAAUUCACAAAAGGACCACAGAAUGAUUUGAAACAUGCUUUUGUGAUUUGGGUGAACUGACCCUUUAUUAUAUUUCCUCAGUCGUUGCUGUGUGGAGUAUUUCAGCUGUAUUUCACUUCACAUGAGUUGUAACUGGACUAAGAUGUUUAAAAAGAGAAGCUAGUGGCCAGUUUCAUGUCUGCACUUUCUAUUAUUUGGGGAAUAAAAGGCUGAUGUUAUUUAAUAAAACCAAAUCCUUGUC